UCCUUUAAAACUUCCGUAGCCGCCUCUCCAGUCCGAGCUUUCAGACUCGGAAAACUGCUUUCUAACCUAAACGUAUUUUUAGUAAAUAACAUUUAAACCAUGAGCGAUAAAGGCUUGUCUAACGAGGCAGCGACAGCAGCUUGUAAAGAUGGAGACCCUAUAACUAAGGAUUUCAUGAUGCAGCAGACUAUGCUGAGGGUGAAAGAUCCGGUAAAAUCUCUGGAUUUCUACACCAGAAUCCUCGGCAUGACGCUGCUGCAAAAGAUUGACUUCCCCUCCAUGCGUUUCUCUCUCUUCUUCUUGGGCUACGAGGACAAGAAAGAGAUUCCUGCCGAUGUGAAGGAAAGAACGGCCUGGACGUUUUCUAGGAGAGCCACCCUCGAGCUGACGCAUAACUGGGGUUCAGAGUCUGAUGAGGGCCAGUCCUAUCACAAUGGAAACUCUGAUCCUCGUGGCUUUGGACACAUUGGGAUCGCAGUCCCUGAUGUUUAUGGAGCCUGUAAACUGUUUGAAGAGCAGGGAGUCACGUUCGUCAAAAAGCCAGAUGAUGGUAAAAUGAAAGGCUUGGCCUUCAUUCAGGACCCUGAUGGAUACUGGAUCGAGAUCCUGAGUCCCAACAACAUGGUGUCCAUCACCUCCUAAAGCUAACUGGCACUGGCGAACUGCCUGCUGCACUGUGUCACACUGUGUGACACUGCACUGCUCUGCAACAUUUGUGGAAGAGCUGUGAACAAAUGAAACUGGAUCAUUUGUGAGUCUGCAAUGGGUUUACAGAGGCGUGGGGUUGGACUGCCAGCGGGACAGUUUACAUGCAAACACUUUAGAUCAAAGAUGUAUUAUUAUGUUUAGGGAACUACCCUGUGUAGUUCUUGCUUUUGUCCAACGUCAUCAGUUUGUUUUCACAGGUGAUGCUGAAAGAAAAUGUGUGAAUGUAAUAAAUAUGAAAGCUAAAGAUGAAA